UGUAGGACUAGAACUCUUCGUGGGGGCAUCUAGCUACCUCAAUUGAUUGUUAGAGCCUAGAGCCAUGAUGAAGGCCUCAAAAGAGGCUUAUAUAAACCAGUACCUCUGCUCCGCUACUUCAGUCGCCGCCUGCUCAUUUAAUUUUUCUGGGUGCUGCUAGCUAGGAUACAAACUACCUUGCAAUACUUCAUAUAUCAAACACACGUUCAGCUUUGUAAGUUUUUGAAUCGUUUCUCUACUGAUCACCAUGGCUAGGCCUCAACAACGAUAUCGAGGUGUCCGCCAGAGGCAUUGGGGUUCUUGGGUCUCCGAAAUUCGCCACCCUCUACUGAAGACCAGAAUCUGGCUAGGCACAUUUGAGACAGCAGAGGAUGCAGCACGAACAUACGAUGAAGCAGCAAAGCUCAUUUGCGGGCCAAAAGCACGAACCAAUUUCCUAUAUAAUCCCAAUGAUCAGUCUCAAUCAAAUUCAUCCAAGCAGCUUCUCUCAGCAACUUUGAAAGCCAAGCUACACAAAUCUCACCUGGCAUCCCUGCAAAUGGCCAAAACAUCUGUAGAGAUCAAACAGUCCCAAGAUGCACAGUGCUGCACCCAUUUUGCCUCCAGUAGUAGUACUACUACUACUAAUUAUAUUGGCAUUGGUGCAGGGAAAAGUGGGGAAAAUGGUUGUAUAAAGGGCCAAGUAGUACUGGAGAGUAGUACUACUGACGUUCAUGAUCAGCAGUUUAAACCUCUUGAAGAUGACCAUAUAGAACAAAUGAUUGAGGAGUUGCUUUACUACGGCUCGAUUGAGCUUUGCAACGUCGCUCCAAAAUAGGCUCUAAAAUGCAGCAUCUUUUAUAUAUACAUUUGUCGAGGCAACUUUUUGUUUUUGGAUACGGGAGAUAACUACGUAAUAAUAAUGACAUGAUUUGCUGA